AUGGCAGGCGGUGAAUUUACUGACCCCCCAUUACACAAAGGCCUCCACCUUGUCUAUACUGUCGGAAAUAUUCAACACAAGGUCCGUGUUUUAGAUGGUACAAAGGUCACCUAUUCUGCUUGGGUUAAACUUUUCACCCUCCAUGCUCGUGGCUACAAAGUUUCUCAUCAUAUUGAUGGCACAAAACCUCCGGUGAAAACAGAUUCUGACGAUGAAUCUUGGCGCGAAAUUGACUCUCAUGUUCUUCAAUGGAUCUACAGAUCGCUUCCCCAUGACCUUUGCUUGCGGAUCUUAGAUCUCGAUACCACGGCUUAUGAAGCGUGGAUGAAACUCAAGAACCUUUUUCACAAUAACAAAGGCUCUCGUGCUGCUACUCUUGAACAUGAGAUUAACAAUCUAAAACUCGAAUCUAUGUCGUCUCUUGACGAUUAUUGCUAA